GAGUACCGCUAACUGCAGAUAUUUUACAUUAUCUGAUGACAAAUAUGUAAGCGUUUUUGUAUAUCGCAUGUAUGAUGUCUUUCAUGUACAUUAUUUACCCUGUAGUCCGGCAUUUAUGUGCCUGCACCCUUCCUCUGCAUAUAUCAUUAUUGAAAACCGUGUGCUAUUCACCGUCACCCUAAGGUGUGUAGUAGGACAAUGUAUGCGGAGAAUGAGCGCUUCUUGAUUCCCCGCCCCUCACAGUCACCGCACUUUAGCAUCGAUGGUUGACCCUCUCUUAAUAAAUAAAAAUGCUUGACCAAGAUCAAGUACUGAAUUACCUAUCCAACAGUGCUGGUCAUCAGCAACGGACGUCGAAAGUAAGCUAUGAAAGAAGAUCCGCAAAGCAAGUUCGUGAAAGAAUAAAACAUGGAGUCACUGCAAAUCUGGCCUACUCCCGUUAUGAUCUAGUUCGCACCGUCGUUCAAGAAUCUGGAUUUCUUAUUAAGGAUGAUGAGGACUUGGCUGAUGCUUAUUUGAUUUGGACAGACAUCUUUUUGCCGUUGGAGAGAAUCAUGACCUUAAAGGAGUACCAACGAAUCAACCACUUUCCUGGAAUGAUUGAGAUUUGUAGAAAAGACUUCCUUGCGAAGAACUUCAUGAGGAUGAAUCGGUUGGAACCGACGGAGUAUAACUUUGUUCCUAAAACAUGGGUUCUUCCUCAAGAUCAAGGAUAUCUCUUCAACUACAUCAAACGAACUAUCGGCCUCGGACAAAGACCCACUUUUAUCAUGAAACCAGCCAAUGGAGCCAUGGGGCACGGGAUCAAAAUGUUCCGCGCCGGUGAAAGCGUGCCCUCAAAUCCCAUGGGUGGGGUUCCUUGCGUGGUACAGGAGUACAUCAAUAACCCGUUGUUGAUCGAUGGUUACAAGUGUGAUUUGCGGGUAUAUGUACUGCUAACAUCAUGUGACCCAUUGCGAGUGUUCAUCUACAACGACGGAUUGGUCCGGCUGAGUACGGAAAAGUACGUUGAGCCAACGAAGCCAAAUGGGGAAUCCAUCUACAUGCAUUUGACAAACUAUGCAGUGAAUAAACACCAUGCAGAUUACGUGGCCGGGUCUGACGAAAUGGUUGGUAGUAAGCGAUCUUUUAGCUUCUUGGACCAAUAUCUACGCACUACACGACAUAUUGAUCCGCAAGUGGUUUGGCGCAGUAUACGGGACUUAAUUGUGAAAACGAUUGCCCUUGCAACGCCACAUCUACUCCACUCCUAUCGCAUGUGUCGACGUGGUCGGCGUGGUCAGAUCACUCGCUCACCAAGCUUAGAACGCAGCUACGGCAGCUACGGAACUCUACCACGUUAUCGGCUCUCUAACCCAAAUGAAUGUGUAGAUCGGAUGUCACAACCGAAAACGACUCCAAAACCGCGGUCUUUCCAAAGUACACUUUCAGCUCCGUUUUUCCACUCCAGUUUCUUCGAAAUACUCGGUUUCGAUAUUCUGUUGGACGAUGACUUAAAGCCAUGGCUCCUCGAAGUAAAUCGAUCGCCCAGCUUCAACGGUGAUCAGGAGUUGGAUAGAAGAGUGAAAAGCGGACUACUGAGAGACACACUACGUCUGUUGAAUAUCCGGCCUUCAGAUAAGACGAAUGUUGAGAAAGAACAACGUCUUCACUCCGCUCUGCGCCUGUAUCGCUCCAACACCCCCUUGGCAUUUCAUCCCACUCCCAGCGCGUACGAUCAUGGGCGCACAGUUGGCACGCUGCAGUUCGGUCACUGCAGUAAGCUGGACGCGAAGAGAUCAUCGAGCAAUUUAGACCCAUACGUUUCGUCAGCUUGUGGUCGCACCUUUGGCCGAGGUAUCGAGAGACUACAACAGCAACUGAUCACCAUUCGCCGACGUCUGGCAUUGGAGUUCUUCGAGUAUCACAAUUCAGGCAACUGGUGUCUGAUCUUCCCCACAGACGAUCGUGCUUCGCAAGCUCGUUUCGCUUCUUUCAUUUUAGCUAACUUCGCCCAGUUUCACAAUGGUAAGGGCGGUGAAAUGCAGAGGGAAAUUGCGGAAACCUACUUAAACCCUCCGACAGAGGACGAAAUCUUAGAGAGAAUAAACGCAAUUACAAGAUCGAAACUUCACUUGAGUGGGCAGGUCGAGGUUUUCAGGCUUGGUUCACAAUCAUGGACGGUCGAUGGAAACAAUAUUUUGUUGGAUGACUAUCGAGUCACCAGUAGUGAUGAGAGUUCUAAUGGUGGUGGGGUCAAUCAUGGGGAAGAUGCAGUGGUGGUCAAAUUACACAAACAUUUAAAACAGACUGCGAAUCGUGAGAGUCGACCCCGUGUAUCUGCAUCGCCUUUGAAACAUCUAACGAAGCGCUCCUCCAGCUGGUCCACAUCUACUUCUUCUAACGCCCCAAGAUACCGGUCAUUGAAGCCGUGCAUGUCUCCUCAUCGAGGAGAACACACACCACAUAUGAGGCGUGUUUGAGCAUUGUCAAAUAUAUGACGCCUUUCCCGUGACAAGCAGCAAGUCCUGGAAGGUACCUAGGCACGGGUCCAGGUAUUCCCUCACGGAUUACAUUAGUGGAUACAACAGCCUAAAAAUUACCGCUGGGAAGAAUGAAUUAACAACCGCGCAAGUCACCUGUGUGCACUGAAAGAUCCGUUACUUGCUCUACUACGUCAAAUCAGCUGACCUGUUGUUGUUUUCAUUUUUGUCCUUCUGUGCUUUUCAAAGGGAAUUACGAAUACAUGUGCGUUCGUGUAACCCGAACUCAGAGUCCUGAUUUGAAUUUUGUCAACAGUGAUGCAGCUCAUGGUAACCAGUACAUUGGACUCUGACUGGCUUAUUCACACUUUAGAAUGCGUCCAAUAAUUAUCAUACAGAGUCACUCGAAACAUAAUAACCAAUGGUGUUCAUAAUUUGAAUCUGCUUAUAUUCUCACGUCAGUGGUGAAGAUGUUCCACUGGU